AUAAAUAAAUAAAAAGGACCCGGCGAAGAUCGACAAAAGCAAUCACUUGAAGUGGAAACUUUACACCGCCGUUUGCGGUGGUGAAGAGUUGUCACGUAAAAUGAAAUAAGCUCAAAACAGCAUUUUUUCUGCUUUUUAAUUACAAAUCUAAUAUUUUUGUUAUUUUAGAAAGCAAAACAAUAUGUUUAGGCUCGGUUUGCCGCGUCAAAGUAAUCUAUUGGCCUAUCUUUAUUUGUGGGAAAUUGAGGCAGAAGUGUUGUUGAGUGAUUUCAAAACGAUUUUUCUGUACGCAAAAGAAAACAUAAUGGCAAAUCCAGAAGGGAUUCGCUGUAGAAAAUUUCAGCCAGUAAUCGACGAGAGAUUUAUUUUUUUUAGUUGCAAAUUAGACUUUAGACAUGGGCAGAUAGGUGUAAAACAAAUAUUACGGAACAAUAAGUACCUAUGCAGUUGGACGGACCUACUGGAGGAGGCAUAACAAUCAUACAAUUGCUUUAUUGUUAACUUCAAAGAAGUUCAAAGGGUUUAACCACCCGAUCUUGGCCAUUUUUACGAUACGCUGCCGAAUACUGGCACUCCGAUGGCGAAACGUGACUUGCUUCAGAAUGUGAUCAAGUACAGUUUGAUACUGAUGGCGACGAUCGUGAGUCAUGUGUGCCCGCGCCAGGAUCAUUACUACAGCUAUCAGGAACCGUAUGACGAUGAUCUAUCGCUGUGGAUCAAUGAACAGCAAGUGAAGAUAUUCAGUGGGGUACCGACGAAGAUCUACGCAAUCGAUAAUGGGCGUGUUUCGCUGCAUCUUCGGGAUCCGAAUUUCAGUCACUAUCUGCCGAUCAUACCGUCCGAGGUGAGCUGCGUGAACUUCACCUGGAAAUCCGGAUCGAAGAAGUAUCACUACAACUUCGAUCGCCUAGUGUCCGAGGAUGAACAAAUACUGAAACCUCCUACGAUAUCGAUCAAAACUAGCGGUCGUGUUCCAAAGAAUGCAAAGGAGUUCAGUGUGACACUGCCGUGCUCUGGUAAUGUGUCAGGCAUUGCGGUGUUCAGCAUUGGACUCCUAAUACAAAGUCGCAAGGGCAAACCUGUGCCCGGCACGCCACUCCGAAUAAAACUCCGUAAGGAAUGUGCACAUAGAGGUGUGUAUGAUAGAACUUCUUCCCUAGCAUCUUCGCAAGGACCCGAUCCAGAGUGUGACAAAAAGUGCGCCAACAAGGGCGUCUGCAAUGAGGACAAGAUCUGUGUCUGCCCCGAGGGCUACAUGGGUCAGUACUGCCAGACGGCCCUGUGCUAUCCGCAGUGCAUGAACGGAGGCAACUGCACCGCUCCGGGGAACUGCUCCUGCCCGCCGGGUUACCAGGGAAGGCACUGUGAAGGUGGGAUAUGUGCGGAAAAGUGCCUGAAUGGAGGAAAAUGCAUCCAGAAGGACAAAUGCGAAUGUACCAAGGGUUACUACGGACUGCGUUGCGAAUUUUCAAAGUGCGUCAUCCCUUGUCUACACGACGGCAAAUGCAAAGGAGUGAACAAGUGCCGCUGCAAGCCUGGAUUGAGUGGAGAUCACUGCCAGAUUGGACGUCGCCAGCGAUCCACCUGUAAGAGACCCUGCAAGCACGGGACCUGCCAGCCCGAUCACACCUGCAGCUGCGACAACGGAUGGUUCGGGAAACUCUGCAACAGACGAGAGAAGAAGAAACGCAAUGGCUCGAAGUUACCUAAAAGGUAAUCCAUGGGAAAUGGUCCAGCCGGCGCCACCUAGCCCAGAAGAUGGAACCACUCUCUGCCGAAACCAAUGCCUUAUCUGCCUAGCUUGUGCUUAUGUUCUCAAUAUAAUCGUUCUGGAGUGUUCUUUCAGCCUCUCUUACUCGCGCAAGAGGGAGAUAAACGCAGCCACAUGUGUAUUUUGUUGUGAUAAAUAAACGAAAAUUUAUAGUUUCUCAGUGUAAGACAA